UAAUGAUCCGGCGUUAGCAUUGCAUUGGUCAUGAUGAUGUCCGGAUUGCCGGAGGCCUUGAGCCGGCUGAGAGCAAAUUCUCUUCGCAGUUGCUUCAGCCUGGCAGGGCCCUCAGAGUCUACCAUGGUUGCUGUACCCAUUGAUAUAGACAAGGAUGAAGUUCGGAUCCUCAAGGUUUGUUUCCACAGCAACAGUUUCAACAUGGGCAAGAACUUCAAACUGGUGAAAUGUACAGUCAUGACGGAGAUACGGGAAGUAAUAAAGUCAAUCCUACAGAGUGGAAGAAUUGGUCCUGAUAUCCAGCUUGCCGAGUGCUAUGGAUUACGCCUGAAGCAUGUGAAAUCGGACGAGAUCCAUUGGCUUCAUCCAGACAUGACAGUGGGUGAAGUCCAGGACAAAUAUGAAUGUUUGCACCUUGAGGCUGAAUGGAGGUAUGAUCUCCAGGUCCGCUACCUCCCUGAAGAUUAUGUUGAACGCUUCCAAGAGGACCGGACAACGCUUCUGUACUUCUACCAACAGCUCCGGAGUGAAUACAUGCAACUUUAUGCGAGCAAAGUGAGUGAGGGGAUGGCCCUACAACUAGGCUGCCUGGAGCUUAGGAGAUUCUACAAGGAUAUGCCCCACAACGCUUUAGACAAGAAGUCCAACUUUGAAUUCCUGGAGAAGGAAGUGGGACUGGACUUGUUCUUUCCUAAACAGAUGCAAGAGAACUUGAAGCCAAAGCAGUUCCGCAAGAUGAUCCAGCAGACUUUCCAGCAGUAUGCGCUCCUGAGAGAGGAAGAAUGCAUCAUGAAGUUCCUUGGCACACUCUCCACCUUUGCCAACAUUGAUCAAGAAAACUAUCGCUGUGAGUUGAUUCAAGGAUGGAAUAUCACUGUGGACCUGGUGAUUGGCCCAAAAGGCAUUCGGCAGAUGACAAGUAAAGAAGCAAAGCCCACUUGCUUGGCUGAAUUCAAGCAAAUCAAAUCCAUAAAAUGUACUACAGUGGAGGAAGGCAGAGCAUUGCUGCAGCUUGGUCUGACUGGGAACCCCCAGUCCUUGACUAUUAAGACAUCCUCCCUGGCUGAGGCAGAGAACAUGGCUGACUUAAUAGAUGGCUACUGCAGGCUGCAGGGAUGCUUGGAUACCUCCCUCAUCAUCCUACCCAACAGAGAGAAUGAGAAGAGGAUCAGUCUGCCUCAGGUCCCAAUACAGCAUAUAGAAGAAAAGAGACCCACACUGACAGAGAGCUUCAGUGGAGAUUCUGACAUUUAUGCUGAGAUUCCAGAUGAAGCAUCCAGACCCAAAUCUGGAGCCCAACAGUUCGUGAUUUCUCGAGAAGAUGUUUCUCUGGGCAGGAUCCUGGGAGAAGGUUUCUUCGGAGAAGUCUAUGAAGGUGUCUUCACCAAUGAGAGUGGGGAGCGGGUUAGCGUUGCUGUGAAAACAUGCAAGAAAGAUUGCACUGCUGAGAACAAGGAGAAGUUCAUGAGUGAAGCAAUGCUCAUGAAAAAGAUGGACCACCCCCACAUUGUGAAACUGAUUGGCAUCACAGAGGAGGAGCCAACAUGGAUUGUUAUGGAACUCUAUCCUUAUGGGGAGCUGGGACACUAUCUCGAGCAGAACAAGGCCAGCCUGAAGGUGCAGACCCUUAUCCUCUAUACCUUGCAAAUUUGCAAAGCCAUGGCUUACCUGGAGGCUAUCAACUGUGUGCACAGGGACAUUGCAGUCCGUAAUGUGCUGGUGGCUUCGCCUGAAUGUGUCAAACUAGGAGAUUUUGGCCUUUCCAGAUACAUUGAGGAUGAUGAGUAUUAUAAAGCAUCAGUGACUCGCCUACCCAUCAAAUGGAUGGCUCCAGAGUCAAUCAACUUUCGCCGUUUCACCUCUGCCAGUGACGUUUGGAUGUUUGCUGUUUGCAUGUGGGAGAUCCUUAGCUAUGGCAAACAGCCUUUCUUCUGGUUGGAGAACAAAGAUGUCAUUGGAGUGCUGGAGAAAGGAGACCGUCUCCCCAAGCCGGAUGCCUGUCCACCAAUCCUGUAUGCUCUGAUGACACGCUGUUGGGAUUAUGACCCCAAUGACAGGCCCAAGUUCAAAGAGUUGGUCUGUAGUUUAAGUGACAUUUACCAGAUGGAGAAGGAGAUUGCACGGGAACAAGAGAAGAAUAAUCGCCGUCGCCCCCCAAAAAUUAUGGAGCCUACCUCUUUCCAAGAGCCCCCUCCAAAGCCCAGCAGACCAAAGUACAAACCACCUCCUCAGACCAAUUUACUGGCCCCCAAACUGCAAUUCCAGGUGCCCGAGGGUCUGUGUGCCAGCUCACCAACGCUCACCAGCCCCAUCGAGUACCCAUCACCUGUCAACUCUCUGCAUACCCCACCACUCAACAGACACAAUGUCUUCAAGCGCCACAGCAUGAGGGAGGAGGAUUUCCUUAGGCCCAGUAGCCGGGAAGAAGCCCAGAAACUGUGGGAGAUGGAACGAGCUAAAAUGCGUCAGCUCCUGGAUAAACAGCAGAAGCAGAUGGUGGAAGACUAUCAGUGGCUUCGGCAGGAAGAAAAAGCUUUGGACCCCAUGGCUUCUGUGAAGAGCAAUUCUUCCCGCCCAAAACUGCCAGAGAAGGAGACAAGCUACACUGAGUUUACAGGACCACCCAAAAAGCCACCCAGGUUUGGACCACAGAUGUCUCUGCAGCCAGCUCCCACAGCCAAUCUUGAUCGAACAGACGAUCCCGUGUAUAGUGAUGUCAUGGGGCUGGUGAAGGCUGUCCUGCGGCUGAAGAAUGAAGUCAGCAACCAUCCACCUGAGCGAUAUAUUCUGGUUGUUAAGGAUGUGGGUCUUUCUCUUCGAAAACUCAUUGGGAGUGUGGAUGACAUCCUUCCGGUUCUACCUGCAUCCUCACGCACAGAGAUUGAGGGUACCCAGAAGCUCCUAAAUAAGGACCUUGCAGAACUGAUCAGCAAGAUGCGUCUGGCUCAGCAGAACGCUAUGACUUCAUUGAGCGAGGAAUGCAAGCGCCAGAUGUUAACGGCUUCACAUACUCUGGCUGUGGAUGCAAAGAAUCUCCUGGAUGCUGUAGACCAAGCCAAGAUGCGAGCCAACCUUGUGAAGGUCUCCUUUGAGUAAUCAAGAGGGCUGACUUACAGUUUUUUUAAAUAUCCCUCCACAACUUUCACAUCCUCUCCCCCAUCCUGCCUCACCAAAAACUGCUUGUGUCUUUGAUUUUGUCACGUCUGUCUUCUGAGAGCAACAGAGAAGCCAUGUUCAGGGCGAGGAAGAGACUUUUUUUUCCCCCAGGGUUCUGUGGACAAUGCUACUAAAGGGCGCUGUGCAUGAUAGGAUCCUAAUCCCAAGAUGAGGAUUCUUUCAACCAAACUUUGAACUCUGGAUCUGCACCAGUAGUCCCAUCAUAGAAAGUGACUUCUGAAUAUGUUCUGCUUCCUUUGACAGACAGCACCUCUGGCAUCAAGUGAUACAGUCUGCCUCACUGGUGAAAGGAAUCAAAGGCAGGGAUGGGUGGGGCGGCUUGUGAGCCUUUACACUGUUCUCAGGAUAAGCCAAAAAAUGACGUGUAAGAUUUCUCCUUGGUUGAUCCAAGGGUUCUAGAAAGCCUAGUGAGAGGGAAUAUGUUUACUAGGUCUUGCUACAUCUAUUUUGAUUGAAGAUAUUCCCAUGGGGAUGCUGGUUCCUCAGAAGAGACUGUUUGCAUCUUGCUGUGUUGUAUAGAAACAUAUAUUUAAUGGCCAUAUCUGAAUGUGUGCACCCUCCCUAAAUCUUCUUCCCUUAAUAGCCUCAUUUAUUGAAUUUUUGAACCAGUUUAAACAAUAGAUCUCUCUCUGUCAAUUACACAGAUCCAAAUAAAUGUAUAAAGCCAUAAGAAGUACGGAAGGGCAUCAGGGUUUAAUAAGUUGGAGGUGUUUCAGCCUUUAUAAGCUGAUUAACUUGAAAAGUUGCUUGUAGCCACAACAGUCUUUCUGGUUUUUUAGGUACCGUAUAUAUUUUAGAUGCAAAUGACAUUAGCUGCGGUGUGCUUGUACAUAUCUUCCUUCCCCUUAUGAAUAUAGAUCAAACACAGAUCUGAUCCCAUAUUUGCUACUGAAUUAUAAUUUGAAAAGAAAGAUGUUAUGCCUCAUAAAUAUGGGGCUUCAAUUUUGCUACUGAAAUUGACGUUUUUGUUGAAAACAAUCACGUUUUGAAGGACUAGAAGCCAUUAAUAUAUUUGUAAUUCUAUUGUCUUGAAUGCAAGUAUCUCAUUCCUGGGAGAGAAUUAGGGAUGGGGGGAAGGGGAAUCUGGAAAAGGUGCCUAAGAAAUUGACAAGGUAUUUAUAUUUCUUGACCUACGUGAGGUCAGCACAGUUUAUCCAUACUUCUUCGUAUUAUCUUUAUGUGUUUAAAAAAAACAAGUUUAGAAAACUUUGUUUGCUAUGUGAGUUUUGACCAGAAAAUUAAAGCAAUGUGGUUUAUUUUGCCUGAGAUAAAUUAAAUA